CGUCGCAUUGCUUUUUUUUUUUUUGGCGGCAUAAUCUAGCGAGAUAGGAAUAGGAUUUGGUCUUUCUCCCUCUCUAUGUUCUAAAUCCUAACUCUCACUAUUGGCCUCGGACUAGGGAAUUCUAUGUACUCUUAAUUCAUUAUCUAGGGUUUUGUCAUUCAAGUUUCUCGUGGAUGCUCGGUUCGUUGAAUUAUUUACUCUCUUGCAAUGGAAGGACCGGCUCCGUCCAAUUCCCCGGUAAUUAAGCCUAUAAACAAAGGCGUUGUCCACAGAAUCUGCGCCGGUCAAGUCAUAUUAGACCUCUCCUCAGCCGUUAAGGAACUCGUUGAGAACAGCCUCGACGCUGGCGCCACCACCGUCGAAAUCGCUCUAAAAGAGUACGGAGAAGAAUGGUUUAAGGUCAUCGACAAUGGCUGCGGCAUUUCCCCUACUAAUUUCAAGGUGGUGGCACUUAGACAUCAUACGUCGAAGCUAGCGGAUUUCCCAGACCUUGAGUCUCUGACUACGUUUGGAUUUAGAGGGGAAGCGUUGAGUUCGCUUUGCUCUUUGGGGAUUCUGACAAUUGAAACGAGAACGAAAAAUGAACCAGUUGCAACGCAUUUAACUUUUGAUCAUUCGGGUGUGUUAAUAGCUGAGAAGAAAAUUGCACGGCAAAUUGGUACUACAGUCACUGUAAAGAAGUUGUUCUCGAACCUACCAGUGCGAAACAAGGAAUUUCAUCGCAACAUACGCAAGGAGUAUGGCAAACUUAUUUCCUUGUUGACUGCAUAUGCACUCACAGCAAAAGGGGUCAGGUUAGUCUGCAGCAACACAAGCGGAAAAAAUUCGAAGUCUGUGGUUCUUAAAACACAGGGAAGUUGUUCCCUCAAAGAUAACAUCAUACAAGUUUUAGGUGUGAACACAUUUAGCGGCUUAAAGCCUGUAUCUAUAGGUAUAUCAGACAGCUGCAACAUUGAAGGUUUUAUUUCUAAGUCUGGACAGGGUUGUGGCCGCAAUCUGGGAGAUAGACAAUACUUCUUUGUAAAUGGUAGACCAGUGGAUAUGCCUAAGGUGAGCAAGCUUGUGAAUGAAUUUUAUAAAGGUGCAAACUCUAAGCAGUAUCCCAUAGCCGUAAUGAAUUUUAUCAUUCCAACUAGAGAAUGUGAUGUGAAUGUCACUCCUGAUAAAAGAAAAGUGUUCUUUUCUGAUGAAAGCUUGAUUUUGCGAUCUUUGAGAGAGGGUUUGCAGGAGAUAUAUUCCUCGAGUAAUGCCAGUUACAUAAUUAAUGGUGUUGAGAGCACUAAGGAAGCUGAAUCCUCUGAGUUUUGCUCUUCACUAGAAAAAUAUAAUAGCCUUUUAAAAAAGUUACCUCCAGCUGGAGUUAAUUUGAAACUUUCCACGAAGGAACAUUCUGCGGAGGGGGACCCCUCUUUUACAACUGUUAAAAUCAACUCUCAAAGUUUGGAGUUUUCAGAAGGAUUUGUUUCUAGUGAUCAUGAGAACAUGUCGACUUUAGGAGUACAGGGAACAAACAAGAUUGAUGGUGUUAUAGAGGCUAAUGCAGGGCAAUUGACAAGUCAUAUGGAUGGUACACUUAACAAGGAUUUUUCAGAAGGACCAAUCCUUAGACACCAUCAGGGUUCAUUGAAGAAGGACUUCAUCUUACAAGUUCACAGAACUAAUAAGGUCAAUGGUUCAGAGCCUAAUAAUGGGGGUUUGACAACUCAUAUGAACAGUAUAUCUAACAAGGAUUCUGCAUCUUCCUCAACUGCAAUUGGGAAAGAAAUUUUUAUAAGUAGAGAUCGUAAGAGUCAUUCAAGCUGUGUUCAAUCAUCGCUGAAAGAAUUUGUAACCAUAAGUAAGAGGAAACAUGAAAGCAUUAGUACUGUAUUAUCGGAAAGGCCUGUCUUAAGAAAUCAAAAUCUUCAUUAUCAAUCGAAGAACAGCAAUUCAGAUAUGUGUGCUUUGAGCUCAAGAGAUCAAGUUGAUGAUUCCUAUAAGUUGAAGGAGAAUGAGCCUAGAAAGUUUAUUAGAGCAAAUAACAUCUUGGGUGAAAUUGGAAACCCUAGUUCUCCUAGUGGUGGAAAACCUGGAGAGCUAAUUCCUUUACAUGAAUUACAGAAUCACGAAAACAUGGUGCCUUAUGCGGGAAAAGAACUAAUUGAUUUAUUCCACAAGAAUCCUGAGGAUGUACCUGAAAAGGCAUUGACAGUUCCAACAUUAGAGUCUUUAUCCUCUGCUUUAGUUGUAGAUGCUCCCAUACCUCCAUCUGAUAAAAAGAUAUGUUCCAUCUUGGAGUUUAGAUUUCAAGACCUAUUGGCAAAGAGGCAACAGAGGAUGUCAAGAGUAUUGCACACUAGUUAUAGAUUCCUCAGCAUGAAGAAGAAAAGGUCCAUGAAAAGAUUCAAUCCAAGUAGCGAAAUUGUUAUCCAGUUCUUGUUAGUAAUAUGAUUUUCUUUAUUGACAAGAAUUUAUACAUGCAUGAAAUACUAUCGUAUUUCACAGGUUAUUGGGCAAUUUAAUCUUGGAUUCAUUAUCGGGAAGUUAGACGAAGAUUUAUUUAUUGUGGAUCAGCAUGCUGCUGAUGAGAAAUACAAUUUUGAGCAUCUGGCUCAAUCAACCAUCUUGAACCAGCAGCCUUUGCUUCGGCCACUGAAAUUGGAGCUGUCUCCUGCAGAAGAAGUAGUUGCUUCAAUGCAUAUGGACAUAAUCAGGAAAAAUGGGUUUGUUUUGGAAGAGGAUCCAGAUGCUCCACCGGGGCACCAUUUUAAGCUCAGAGCUGUUCCCUUUAGUAAAAACAUUACUUUUGGAGUUGAAGAUGUCAAAGACUUGAUCUCUACGCUUUCGGACAGUCAAGGAGAAUGCUCAAUAAUCGGCAGUUAUAAAAUGGACACAUCUGAUUCUGUUUGCCCAACUAGAGUCCAUGGGAUGUUAGCGUCACGUGCUUGCAGAUCAUCCGUCAUGAUUGGAGAUCCACUUGGACGAAAUGAAAUGCAAAAGAUACUUGAGCAUUUGGCAGACUUGAAGUCGCCGUGGAAUUGCCCGCAUGGCCGACCGACGAUGCGGCAUUUGAUAGACCUGACAACCUUAAGGAAAGAACCAGAUGAAAGUGACACAAGCUCUUGAUCCGUCUUCCAUCCAUGUGGUUCUGCCCCUUGUUUUCGUCUUAUUCUGUAUGUUACCUUAGGUUCCUCUCGCGAACAGAUGUUAGCUACCCAAGCGCUGGAAAUGUACAACAGUGCCCUACUAGGAAUGGCUACCGUAUCGAUUGGGUUCGGUUCGAUUCUUUUUGUAAUUUAAUCUUAAGAAAACGUCUAAGAACCAACAG